GAGAGUCCAUGGUGUUUUCCUGGGUGGAUGGCCUGCUCUGGAUCUAGCCUGUCAAAACUGCAUUGAAACGAGAGCAACGUGGGAUAAAGUCAGUGAAAUCAGGUGCUGUUCAGAUUCGACAGCUGUAACUGAGACUUGAACGGGCCGAGAGAGAAAUUCACUGUUCCCCUCCCCAACCUCCUGUUCCCGACCCUCUCUGAAACACAUCUCUCACCAUGAAUGAAGUUAAUAUAGUCAGAGAGGGCUGGCUUCAUAAAAGAGGUGAAUAUAUCAAAACAUGGAGGCCCAGGUAUUUCAUCCUGAAGAGUGAUGGUUCCUUCAUCGGCUACAAGGAGAAGCCUGAGCUAACUGACCAGACUUCACCACCACUCAACAACUUCUCAGUGGCAGAAUGCCAGUUAAUGAAGACUGAAAGACCCCGGCCCAACACGUUUGUCAUUCGUUGCCUACAGUGGACCACUGUCAUUGAACGCACCUUUCAUGUGGACAGCAAUGAGGAGAGAGAGGAGUGGAUGCGGGCAAUCCAGUCAGUGGCAAAUAGUCUGAAGAUGCGGGAACAGGAGGAGGAGGAACCAAUGGAUUUGUUCGGCUCACCCAGCGAAAGCAGCCUGGAGGAGAUGGAGGUUUUGUUGUCCAAGAACCGCUCCAAAGUGACAAUGAGUGACUUUGAGUACCUGAAACUGCUCGGGAAGGGGACGUUUGGAAAGGUGAUUCUGGUUAAAGAGAAGUCCACCGGAGUACAUUACGCCAUGAAAAUACUGCGUAAAGAGGUCAUCAUAGCCAAGGAUGAGGUGGCCCAUACAGUUACAGAAAGCAGAGUGUUACAAAAUACACGACAUCCCUUCCUCACGACACUGAAAUAUGCCUUCCAAACCCACGAUCGACUCUGUUUUGUAAUGGAAUAUGCCAAUGGAGGCGAGCUCUUCUUCCACCUGUCACGGGAGCGAGUGUUCACAGAAGACCGGGCUCGCUUCUACGGUGCCGAGAUUGUGUCAGCGCUCGAGUACCUCCAUUCACGUGACGUUGUUUACCGUGAUCUGAAGCUGGAGAAUCUGAUGCUGGAUAAAGACGGUCACAUCAAAAUCACCGAUUUCGGUCUUUGUAAGGAGGGAAUUACCCCAGAUGCUACCAUGAAAACCUUCUGUGGUACUCCGGAAUAUCUCGCACCUGAGGUCCUAGAAGAUAAUGACUAUGGCCGGGCAGUAGACUGGUGGGGUCUGGGUGUAGUCAUGUAUGAGAUGAUGUGCGGCCGUCUGCCUUUCUACAACCAGGACCAUGAGCGUCUGUUUGAACUCAUCCUCAUGGAGGAGAUCCGCUUCCCCAGGAACCUGUCACCUGAGGCCAAGUCCCUGCUGGCUGGCCUGCUCAAGAAGGACCCCAAACAGAGGCUGGGUGGAGGUCCCAAUGAUGCCAAAGAAGUAAUGAGUCACAAAUUUUUCAUCACCAUCAACUGGCAGGAUGUGGUACAGAAGAAGCUCAACCCACUCUUCAGACCACAAGUAACAUCAGAGACAGACACCCGGUACUUUGAUGACGAGUUCACAGCACAGACCAUCACACUCACUCCUCCAGACAAGUAUAACAGUCUGGACUGUGACGACUCAGGCCAGCAAGCACAUUUCCCCCAGUUCUCCUAUUCUGCCAGCAUAAGAGAGUGAUAGCAUCUCUGCCACACACACACACACACGAACAACAUGAGGCAUGAACACCUUGGCCACAUCCUUACAGCUAUAAAAUGACCAGAACUUCCAUAUUCAAUGAGGUUUUAAUCCCAUCAGGAUCUAAGUGCCUCGGCUGGUGGCCAUUUUGUUCUAUAGAAAACCCCUUCGUCCACACUAUGGACAAAGCCUGGCCACACUGGCUGUACUGUAUCAAACUGGACUUCAGUACCUCGCAUGGUCAGCAGCACAACUCAACAACACAAUGUCUGUAGCACCAAUGGAUGGCCUCUAAACAACUACUGCUGCUUUUUCAGACUGUAAACCACCGAUCAUUUUUAAUGCUCUCCCUUUUAUGGUCUUAUGAGAAGCCAUACAGUUCCUUCAUGAUGUUUCCAAGUGCUCUUCUUCAGAACUAGCUAUUACCACUGGUGAUAGACAAGUUUAUAUGAGGGAGGAAGAAGCGUGGUAGUUUGUUGGGUGUUUUUCUUUUAGGUGUGUGUGUGUGGAUCUUUUAUCUUUCUUUUUUUUUUUGUUCUUUUUUCGAGAAAAAAAAAGGGGGGCAUCGAAUUCAAACUGAAUGUCAUCAAUUUAGUUGGAGUGAGUCUGUGCGAGCAUGAGGUUUUGUGUGUGUCUUAAUACAACGCUUGCCCGAUGUGCAUCAGGAACAACAGAUUAAUUGAUAACAGAUGAUGAUCAAAGUGUCUCCGCGGAGACAAGCUUUGAGUAGAGCAAGACAUGUUAGAGAGAGAGGCUGUCCUUUAUAAACUGUAUGCAAUGAAAACAAAUCACUUGUUUAUUAGUUUCCUCUCAUCUCAGAAUUUGAACUUUUGUGAACAGAUCUGUCAAGUGCGACAUGUCAAUUAUUGGGAAUUGGGAAUACCUUAAUGCACAAGGUGUACAUGUUAUUUUUUAAAACAAGAUUUUUUUAAUUCUAACACAUAUUUGAUCCUACUUGAUCAGCAAAAUACACACCAUCCACAUGAUUAAGAGGCUUAAUAAGCACUUAGUGAUCAGAGUAGACCUCAUUUUUCUCAGAUGGACCAUGUUCAUUAAUGUAGCUGAAAGCUUCCUGGAAUUUUUUUUUAACAUCUCAUGAAUAUGUGUCUGUUGCACCGAGUGUCAAAAACUGUGAGAUACCAAAAGCUGGCAUCAAAUGUCUGGUCAGUCAUUAUCCUGUUGACUGAUUUACAUAAACCAUUGGCCAGAUUAGACUAUUUGAUUUUGACAAAGUUCUUACACAGCUGCAUGAGUGUAGACAACAUUUAACAUUUCAGAACUUUGUCUUUUAUUUUGGUUAACUGAGGGGGAAAAUGUUAGAACCAUCAAAGUAACGUAUCAGUAGCGCCCCCCCAGAAUUUUUUAUGGGGGGGCCAGAUGGGGCCACUGAAAAUCUUGGGGUGAUACACCAAAACCAAAAGCCAUAACUGAAUUCAGGAAUUCGACUAUGCUGUUGAAGUAGAGAGGUAAGAAACUGCAUACUGAUGUACUUUGGUCUCUUAUUAGACAGUUAAUAUUGCUAUUUAUGAGAUUAAUACCAGAACAGCUAACAAUUUGAGUUCCACAACAGUCCUGUUUUGAUAUGUUAGGUAUCUAUAUAUGUUAGGUGAUUCACUGUUCUUCAAAUAGGCUGAUUGUCUUGUUCCUUAAAAAGAUAAAUUUACAGUUUUAAUUUGAAGGAUUACAGGAACAAAACAUUUACUGUGAACAAGUCUUCUCAAGCUUAGGACAGACAUGUGGGUACCCAUAGAACCCAUUUUAAUUCAGAUAUCUUGAAGUGAAAUGUAAGGGACUGCCAGUUGUUCCGUUAGCCAGAUUUUGAAGCGUUAAUUAGCCCCCUUCCCGACAAGCUAUGCCAAUAUGGUUGGUACCAAAGGAUGACUUACUUUGUCUGGUUUCCCAAGAUACCACUACCUUUGUGCUAGCUUAAAAAUGUGCGCGCAUCAGCCUCAUAAAGUGAUAGUAAAAAAAAGAUAAAGAUAAAGUAAUGUUGGCCUCCAAUAAUUUUCACCAGGGGGGCAACAAUUGUGUCAGGGUCGCUAUGGUAUUGCAUCUGUACUGAAACAAAGGUGUUGAAUCAGCACUACUAUUGGGGGAAAAAAACAGCACCAAACUGAAUUAAUAGCACUUUCAGAGUACAUGUUCAUAUUUGGAGUGUCAUCCUUUCUUAGCAUUCAAAGCUAUUUCUGUAAUAUUUCUAAUAUUUGUUAUGAUGUAUCUUUGUAGCCUUUCUAUGAAAGUAGUCCGUCUUCAGAUCAUCAUUCACCAUUUUAUGCUUUACCUGUUAGAGACUUUUCAAGUUUGAAGUUGUGGCUGAGUAUAUUUAAUGUCCUGCUGGCUAUCGUGUGUCUUGUAAAUCUUAGUGUGCUUACAAUGUUUCAGUGCAUCCACCACUGCUGCUUUUCAGACCCUCUGUGCUACCAGAUUUAAUCUGACAUAUUUUAGCUGGAGCGCUAAGAAAUCAUCCAGGGAGCUGUGGAAAUCAUGAACAUGGUCCAUUGUGAGAUUUUAUGUUUGUGUGCAAUGGUGACUUGCAAGGAUGUCUUCUUAUUAUUUUCAAUUCUUCCCAUUUAUUAUUAAUCGCUGCACAACAUUAAAUGGUAAAAAGGGGAGGUGAACCGUUAAGAUUUGCAAUACUGGGUGUUAUACUGUACAUGAAAAUGCACCCAACAUUGUAUUGGUGCUACACUGUUGAGUCACUGGUAAUAAAUAAAGAGCAGGUGCAGAUCACCCGCUCAGCUUCCCGUUGCUCACAGAGCCUUCUAUCAUGUUUUUCUGCUGGUUUUACUCCUCAACUUGCUGUUUUCCCUCAUCCUUCCUGUAUCCUGAACCUCUUUUACCAAUAGUCUCAAAUUAAGGAAAUUCAUAAUGGUUGAAAGAAAUGUAUGUUUUCAGUUGCAUUAUUCUAUUCAAACAAUUCAUUUCUAUUUGUCUAUGAAUGUAAUUCUGAAAGACAGUGAUCCAAUACACAUUUUUAACUGUCAUAAUACA